CGUCAGCUUCUGCAGCUCUCGGUGCGCACAGGUGGGUGACGCUGAGCAGGUCUGCGACACCCUUUAACUGUCUGCACUGCACUGGUCCCCGAGCCCGAGGAACGCCAUAGCUUUAAACUAAUUAACACUAAUUAACAGGUGUCACGUGACCGUCUCCAGCGCCUUAGAUAGGGCUGAAUAUUUCUGCUGUUAAAAGACAAAGUUUGCAAACUAUAGCGAGAUGAAUUAUCGUUCUAUAAAGAUUUGCGCGAUUCUUUUACUUUUCACCGUCAUGGCUCGGCGCUGCGUCUGCCUUUCCCCCGAUCACAGGAAGAAAACACUCGAGCAGAGGAAACAGCUCGCCAUGCCGCGAGUCACCUGCUCUGUCCGAGGCAUCAGAGCUGUGUUUGGUCCUCUGGUGAAAAACAAUGUGUACGCCAGAGACGUGACAGGGGCCACAGUCCCAGUGCUUCAGUAUGAGAAGACCUGUGGAGUGCGAGUGGAUAGAGUGAAGAACCAGAGCCUCUCGUUUUUCAGCAGAUAUGACAGCUGCUUUGUUCAUGUUGAGGGCAGCAAAGCCGUCAUCCCACUGCAGGUCCAGCUGGCAGGAGAGGAUCGAUGGAUCAGGGUCAAUAUCAGCUGUCCCCUGAUAAAGACAAGAAGUGAGAGGACCCAGCCUCGCCCAACACCAUUCCCUGGAAACUGUGACAUUGAAAGAGCUCUUCGAGUGGACUGUGGCCACCAAAGCGUUUCCAGUGAUGUCUGCUACAAACUGGGCUGCUGCUAUGAUGCUCGUGAUUCAGCCUGCUACUACACACUCAAUGCCUGCUCUCUGGACGGACACUUUGUGUUCUCAGUAAACGCUGCAGAUGCACACACUCCCAUUGAUCCCAGCAGCCUCAUUGUAAAGGAUCAGCCGCACUGUCGCCCUGUUGUCAUAACCCCAGGUACUGCUGUCUUCAAGAUAGGAGUCUCAGACUGCGGUGCAAAGAGGAAGGCAAAUGGAGACGUGGUGAUCUAUGAAGUGGAAGUGGUGGAGCUACAUACAGGAAAUGAUGGGGAAAAUUCUCAAUUUAGUCUUCAGGUCCAGUGUGAAUAUGACUCAUCUGAUCUGAAGCGUGCAGCAGAACUGCGGUCUUUGUAUGCGGUGACUAAUCCACCACCUGUCAUUGCACUGGGGUCCAUUGGAGUGCAAAUGAGAAUAGCCACAGAUGCAUCCUUUACAUCCUUUAUUCCCGAGGAACGGCUUCCGCUGACUUUGCCCCUUCGUGAAGCUGUGAAUGUGGAGAUUUCCAUCGUGCAGCCGUCUCCAGAUCCCACACUUUCCCUGCGAGUGCGAGACUGCUUUGCUUAUCCUGGGUCAAGACACUCUGUGUGGACACUUCUCUAUGAUGGAUGUCCAAAUCCUCAGGAUAAUAUGAGAAGCUCUGUCCCUGUGGACAAACAGGGGAAGACCGCAUCUCACUCACAUGUCAGGAGAUUUGAUGUCAAGACCUUUGCCUUCUUGGACCCCAGCACAGGCCAUCCAAGUCCAGAGGAAAUGUACUUCUAUUGUUGGGUGGAAAUCUGCACGAAUGACGUUGACUGUGCGCAGCGUUGUACCUUCAUUUCAUCUGAGGGGGAGAGACCGAGAAGAGAGGCCGCAUCUCAACCCCACCAGCUUCAACUGGUCUCUUUAGGGCCACUGCAGCUGGUCCAGAAUAACACUGAAGCCGAGAAAGACCCCUGCAUGAAACAGGAAAAAAUGUUUCAGGUGAUUGUAUAUAUCCUGUCUGGUGUUGGUGCUGGCCUCCUUGUAGUCCUGCUGUUCAUUGUGUGUUCAAGCAUCAGGAGGUGUCAGAACAGAGGCAUGCAACGAGCACGUGACGAACAAGAUGGCAGUGAAGCAUCUCAAUAAAUGUCAACUUGUCCAUAUGUGCAUUUGUUUUGGUUUUUUGAGAUGAGGCUGAGAGCCAAAUGGCAGAAAAACUGGACUGGAAAUCAGUAACAGCAGAUCUGAUGGGAUGCAAGUGUCUAUAGCCAUUUGUAAAACACAGCGCAGGCUUUGUAAUGGUGUGAGACCAUCACAUUUUGAUCCACAAUGCAACUCCAUGUGAAACCAACUAAUUAACAACAGUAUGACAAUGAGCCCAAACACACUGCCAAUGCCGUAAAAGCGUAGCUAGAUAGAAAAACACACAGUGAAACCACCAGCCAUGGAUUGGCCUCCCCAGAGCCCGGGCCUCAACAUUAUUAAAGCAGUGUGGGAUCAUCCUGACAGAGAACAGAAAUAAAGGCAGCAAACUUCCAACAAAGAGCUUUGAAUGUCCUUCAGGAAGUCUGGAGAACUAUUUCUAAAGACUACUUAAAAAAAUUAACAAGAACGCUGCCUGAGAGAGUUCCGAGUGUGUUGGAGAAUAAAGGUAGUCGCACCAAAUACUAAUUUAAGCUUGUUAGAAGUGAACAAACUGU